CGUCGAGAAGGUACAAUGUUUUUUUUGCCUUUAUCGCAUCAGGAAAACACAACGUUCAAAACUCCGGUGACAGCAAGGAGAUCCGAAAUUUUUGGUCAUCCGAAGAGCCCCGUUUUGCACCCUUCACUUGUCAAAAAUGUCUCAACGUUCGCACAGCCACAACCACACCCAUGGCCAUGACCAUGGCCACAGCCACGACCACGGUCACGGUCACAGCCACGACCACGGUCACGAACAAGAACACGAACAGGAGGACCCCGUUCAGGCCGAACGCGCUCACUUUCGUAAAGUAUUGACAGCUUUCGCCUAUUAUCGUCGCCAUGCUCUCAAUCAUAAUCAUCGCAAGAGACACGACUUUAUGGCUCUACCGGAACAGCAUAAAAAGAUUAUCCCGGACGUUUUAAAAAAGAUUAACAAGGUCGAUGAAUGCAUUGAGACAAACAUGGUCAUGUUGAGAGAAAUCGUACGCGGAGCCAACAUGUUUAUGGACGAAGAUCCCAUCGCACUUAUGGCCGAAGGAUACAAGGUCCAGGGAAACAAACCCCCGGUAUCUCCCAUGGAUAUGGACAAAGUACGAAGCACGCUUAAACAGUUUGUCCGUGAUUGGGCAAAAGAGGGUCAAGGCGAGCGUGAUGUCACCUAUGGACCUGUCAUUGAAGAAUUAGAAUCGCUCUUCAAAGAUGUAUCAGUCGAGAACAGAGGUGCUAUUCGCGUGCUUGUGCCAGGUGCUGGAUUGGGCCGAUUGGCUUUUGAUAUUGCUCGAAAAGGCUUCAGCUGUCAAGGCAACGAGUUCUCGUUUUAUAUGCUUUUGGCCUCACAUUUUGUAUUAAACAGAAUGAGCAAGACGGAAGAGUAUGAAAUUUAUCCAUUCGUCCAUUCGUUCUCCAAUAUCAAAUCGUCGGACGAUCAGUUGACGCCUAUUCGGAUUCCUGAUGUUUUGCCUGCCAAUCUACCUCCCACGGUCGAUUUUUCCAUGGUAGCCGGCGAUUUCCUUGAAGUCUAUGGUGAACAAGAGAACAAUCGAGGUGCAUGGGACGUGGUUGUCACCUGUUUCUUUAUUGAUACUGCCAAAAAUAUUCUUGAGAAUAUUCAGGUCAUUCAUCGAACAUUGAAAGAGGGUGGCAUGUGGAUCAACAUCGGUCCUUUACUGUAUCAUUUCGAAGAUACCCCAGGUGAAUCAUCUGUCGAAUUAAGCUUGGAAGAAGUGAAACGGGUAUCUCGAGAAAUUGGGUUUGAAUUCAAGAAAGAAUCCAUGGUUACUACGACCUAUACUUCCAACCCUCAAGGCAUGCUGAAAUAUGUGUAUGAAUGCGCCUUUUGGACCGCUGUUAAAGUAGACAAACCAUCAAAAUAAAAAUCUACAUCCAUGUCAGAGAAGAAAAAAGGAAUGGAACUGUGGAUCCAGUCGUCGUUGAUUGUGUAAACCCAAUCAUGCACCAACACCCAAAAGUCUUUCUGCUGCUGAAAUUUUAAGGGUCGGCGGUGCGGCCCGGACAAAGCGUUCAUGAUGAUUUCAAUCGCCGCCAAAGGGACUCCUUGAUAUGGAUGAAGAGGUUGCGGCGAAUCUUGAAUC